GAGGCGGCGAUCCCGGCGGAGGGGGCCGUUCGCCAGCUCCGAGGCAGAAAGUGCCACGACUCCACACGCGCGCACGCAGCCAGCGAGCGGCCGGAGCGGACGGCGGACGGGGCGGGCGGCGUCGGGGUCGCGGUGCCUGCAGCUGCUCGGGGGCGGCUUCUCGGCGGAGGCUCGGCCGGCUCCUCUCUCCUUGUUCCGCGGCGGCGGCGGCAGCUCCUGCCCUCUCGCUCUCCCUCCCGCGUCUCUGGCUGCAGGUGAAAGGAAAGCAAGCCAGGAUGGAUUUUUACGACACUCAAACCUUGGGGGUUGUGGUCUUUGGUGGAUUUAUGGUUGUUUCUGCCAUUGGCAUCUUCCUGGUGUCGACCUUCUCCAUGAAGGAGACAUCGUAUGAAGAAGCCCUAGCCAACCAGCGCAAGGAGAUGGCGAAAACUCACCACCACAAAGUAGAGAAGAAAAAGAAGGAGAAAACAGUAGAAAAGAAAGGAAAGACCAAGAAAAAGGAAGAGAAACCCAACGGGAAGAUACCUGACCAUGAGCCAUCCCCCAACAUGACCAUCCUCCUCAAAGACCCAGUGCGGGCACCUGCAGUGGCUGUGGCUCCAACCCCAGUGCAGCCACCUGUGGUCAUUGCUCCUGUAGCCACGGUACCAGCCAUGCCCCAAGAGAAGCCGGCCUCCUCCCCUAAGGACAAAAAGAAGAAGGAGAAAAAAGUGGCAAAGGUGGAACCAGCAGUCAGUUCUGUAGUGAAUUCCAUCCAGGUUCUCACCUCAAAGGCUGCUGUCUUGGAAGCCGCACCCAAGGAGGUGCCCAUGGUGGCUGUGCCCCCAGUGGGUGCCAAGGCCAGUGCUCCAGCCACUGGCACUGCACAGGGCAAAAAGGCAGAGGGGGCCCAGAACCAGGGCAAAAAGGCAGAGGCAAGCCCAAACCAGGGUAAAAAGUCAGAGGGCAUGCCGAACCAGGGCAAAAAGUCAGAGGGCACCCCAAACCAGGGCAANAAGUCAGAGGGCACCCCGAACCAGGGCAAAAAGUCAGAGGGCACCCCAAACCAGGGCAAGAAGUCAGAGGGCACCCCAAACCAGGGCAAGAAGUCAGAGGGCACCCCGAACCAGGGCAAGAAGUCAGAAGGAACCCCAAACCAGAGCAAAAAGGGGGAGGGAACCCCAAACCAGAGCAAAAAGGGGGAGGGAACCCCAAACCAGGGUAAAAAGUCAGAAGGAACCCUGAACCAGGGCAAAAAGUCAGAGGUCAGCCCGAACCAGGGCAAGAAGUCAGAGGGCACUCCAAACCAGAACAAAAAGUCAGAGAGCGCCCUGAACCAGGGAAAAAAGACAGACGGGGCCCAGAAUCAGGGCAAAAAGGCAGAAGGAACCCAGAAUCAGGGCAAAAAAGUGGAGGGAGCCCAGAACCAGAGCAAGAAGUCAGAGGGGACCCCGAACCAGAGCAAAAAGGGGGAGGGAGCCCAGAAUCAGGGCAAAAAGGCAGAAGGGGCCCAGAAUCAGGGCAAAAAGGUGGAGGGGACCCCUAACCAGGGCAGAAAGUCAGAGGGGACCCCUAACCAGGGCAAAAAGGGAGAGGGGGCCCAGAACCAGGGCAAAAAGGCAGAUUCAGUUGCUAAUCAGGGCACAAAGGUGGAGGGUAUUGCGAACCAGGGGAAAAAAGCAGAGGGGGCCCCUCAUCAAGGCAAAAAGGCAGAGGGGACCCUGAACCAGGGCAAAAAGGUGGAUGCAUCUGCCAAUCAGGGAAAAAAGGCAGAGUCAGCUCCUGUCCAGGGCAAAAAUGCAGAUAUGGUCCAAAGCCAGGAGGCACCAAAGCAAGAGGCUCCUGCAAAGAAGAAGUCUGGUUCAAAGAAGAGAGGUGAGCCUGGGCCCCCAGACUCCGACAGCCCUCUCUACCUGCCCUACAAGAGCCUGGUCUCCACCGUCGGAAGCAUGGUGUUCAACGAGGGCGAGGCCCAGCGGCUCAUCGAGAUCCUGUCCGAGAAGGCAGGCGUCAUUCAGGACACCUGGCAUAAGGCCACUCAGAAGGGUGACCCUGUGGCAAUUCUGAAACGCCAGCUUGAAGAGAAGGAAAAGCUGCUGGCCACAGAGCAGGAAGACGCAGCUGUCGCCAAGAGCAAACUGAGGGAGCUCAAUAAGGAGCUGGCAGCAGAAAAGGCCAAGGCAGCUGCCGGGGAGGCCAAGGUGAAAAAGCAGCUCGUGGCCCGGGAGCAGGAGAUCACGGCCGUGCAGGCGCGCAUGCAGGCCAGCUACCGGGAGCACGUGAAGGAGGUGCAGCAGCUGCAGGGCAAGAUCCGGACUCUUCAGGAGCAGCUGGAGAAUGGCCCCAACACGCAGCUAGCCCGUCUGCAGCAGGAGAACUCCAUCCUGAGGGAUGCCUUGAACCAGGCCACAAGCCAGGUGGAGAGCAAGCAGAAUGCGGAGCUAGCCAAACUCCGGCAGGAGCUCGGCAAGGUCAGCAAGGAGCUGGUGGAGAAGUCGGAGGCCGCGCGGCAGGAGGAGCAGCAGCGGAAGGCUCUGGAGGCCAAGGCAGCCGCCUUCGAGAAGCAGGUCCUGCAGCUGCAGGUGUCUCACAAGGAGAGUGAGGAGGCCCUGCAGAAGCGCCUGGACGAGGUGAGCCGGGAGCUCUGCCGCUCGCAGACCAGCCACGCCAGCCUGCGGGCGGAUGCCGAGAAGGCCCAGGAGCAGCAGCAGCAGAUGGCUGAGCUGCACAGCAAACUGCAGUCAUCAGAGGCGGAGGUGAAGAGCAAGUGCGAGGAGCUGAGCGGUCUCCACGGGCAGCUCAAGGAGGCCAGGGCAGAGAACUCAGAGCUCACAGAGAAAAUCCGGUCCAUCGAGGCCCUGCUGGAGGCAGGCCAGGCCCGGGAUGGCCAGGACACCCAGGCCAGUCAAGCGGAGGCCGACCAGCAGCUGGCCCGCCUCAAGGAGCUGGAGUCCCAGGUGUGGUGUCUGGAGAAGGAGGCCACUGAGCUCAAGGAGGCAGUCGAGCAACAGAAAACGAAGAACAACGACCUCCGAGAGAAGAACUGGAAGGCGAUGGAGGCACUGGCCUCGGCUGAGAGAGGCUGCGAGGAAAAGCUGCGCUCCCUGACCCGGGCCAAGGAGGAGUCAGAGAAGCAGCUCAGCCUGGCGGAGGCACAGACCAAGGAGGCCCUGCUGGCCCUGCUGCCCGCGCUUUCCGACUUGACACACCAGAAUUACGCCGAGUGGUUGCAAGAAGUCAAAAAGAAAGGCCCUGAGCUGCUGAAGCAGCCGUCAGCUCACACGGAGCCCUCCUCGGACCUGGCCGCUAAGCUGAGGGAGGCCGAGGAGACCCAGAGCACGCUGCAGGCUGAGUGUGAGCAGUACCGCACCAUCCUGGGGGAGACGGAGGGCAUGCUCAAGGACCUCCAGAAGAGUGUGGAGGAGGAGGAGCAGGUGUGGAAGGCCAAAGUGAGCGCCACGGAGGAGGAGCUCCAGAAGUCACGGGUCACAGUGAAGCAUCUCGAAGAGAUUGUAGAGAAGCUAAAAGGAGAACUUGAAAGUUCAGAUCAGGUGAGGGAACACACCUCGCACCUGGAGGCGGAGCUGGAGAAGCACAUGGCAGCCGCCAGCGCUGAGUGCCAGAGCUACGCCAAGGAGGUGGCAGGGUUGAGGCAGCUUUUACUAGAAUCUCAGUCUCAGCUGGAUGCAGCCAAGAGUGAAGCCCAGAAACAGAGCAAUGAGCUCGCGCUGGUCAGGCAGCAGUUGAGUGAGAUGAAGAGCCACGUAGAGGAUGGUGACGUGGCUGGGUCCCGGGCUGCCCCCUCAGAGGCCCCCCCAGCAGAGCAGGACCCCGUCGAGCUGAAAACGCAGUUGGAACGGACAGAAGCCAGCCUGGAGGACGAACAGACACGGAGGCAGAAGCUUACAGCCGAGUUCCAGGAGGCUCAGAGCUCGGCGUGCCAGCUGCAGGAGGAGUUGGAGAAGCUCCGCAGCACCGGCCCCCUCGGGGCUUCAGCAGCAGAGGAGGCCACAGAGCUGAAGGAGAGACUAGAAAAAGAGAAGAAGUUGACAAGUGACCUGGGACGUGCUGCCACCAAACUACAGGAGCUUUUAAAGACGACCCAGGAGCAACUAGCGAAGGAGAAAGACACAGUGAAGAAAUUGCAGGAACAGCUGGACAAAACAGAGGACAGUAGCAGCUCAAAGGAGGGCACCUCUGUCUGAGUCUCCUCUGCGGAAAAGAAGUUACUGUUCAACUUACCAAAAUGCCUUACACAUUCCUUACAAAUAAAUAAACCAACCAACACAGCAUCAUCCAGGCCCAUCUUCUGGUAGCUCUGAGAAGCCAUUAGAGAUGAGUCUCUUAGAGCCACAGAAAUAGAUCUUCAGACCCCCAGUUUGUAAAAGAACCUUUGUCACAUUUGAUAAACACUAUUCCCCAGGACCAGCCCUGGACCACCGCCAAGCAGACGCCAAAGCCCUUAUCAGCUCCGUGACAGACCCCGGGCUGUGUGCCGGGGAGGCCGGGACCUCUGGGUAUCCAUCCAUAUGUCAAUCAGUGCAAUUGUGGCCUCUUCCAGGGGGCGGGGUCAGGAGGUGGGCAGACCCGGGGCUGAGUCUCAGGCUGUGGAGCAGCGCGGCGGGUCACGGCCCAGCCAGACAGCAGCCCCUCAGCCCUGGAAGAAGUUGCCAGCGAGAACUGUUGUGUGGCCUCCUGGAUGUUAAUGCCAUUAAAACCAACAUUGUCGCCCGGCA